CAGGUCUGCAGGCAGGGAAGGCGAGGUGCCAGCUGAGGAGACCCUGCUCGCGAACUUUGUUUAUGUGCGGCUGCAUGUCCUCAGGACGAGCCAGGCUUGGCACCUCCUUAGUCUGCAGGUUGAGUUCAGGUCCUCUGACACACGUACGAAUGGAGUAAAAAUGAAACACCCAAAUUCCCUGAAGCGGGGCACAGACGCAUGAGGAAGUGAGGAUAUGUAACAUGACACUGAUAUUCUGGACAGUUUAUCACAGGAGCCUCUGUGAAGUUGUUUUUUUGAAGUAAUGCCAAUAGAAAGUGGAAGUUGUGCAUCUGCUCGCCAAGCAAAGCAGAAACGUAAAUCGCACAGUCUUUCAAUCCGAAGAACCAACAGUUCCGAGCAAGAACGGGCAGGACUGCAGAGAGACAUGCUGGAGGGGCAGGAUUCUAAGCUACCAUCUUCUGUCCGGAAUACACUCCUUGAACUUUUUGGACAAAUAGAGCGGGAGUUUGAAAACCUGUAUAUUGAAAAUUUGGAAUUACGUAGAGAGAUUGAUACACUUAAUGAGCGUUUAGCAGCUGAAGGACAGACAAUUGAUGGAGCUGAACUCAGCAAAGGACAACUGAAAACAAAAGCCAGUCAUAGUACCAGUCAGCUUUCUCAGAAAUUAAAGACAACUUACAAGGCAUCUACUAGCAAGAUUGUAUCCAGUUUUAAAACUACAACAUCAAGGGCAAUCUGUCAACUAGUAAAGGAAUAUGUUGGCCACAGGGAUGGUAUUUGGGAUGUCAGUGUGGCGAAAACUCAACCAGUGGUGUUGGGAACUGCAUCUGCUGAUCACACUGCUUUGCUGUGGAGCAUAGAAACAGGGAAAUGCCUUACCAAGUAUGUAGGGCAUGUUGGAUCAGUAAAUUCCAUAAAGUUUCACCCAACUGAGCAAGUGGCUCUUACAGCAUCUGGAGACCAGACAGCUCACAUCUGGAGAUACAUAGUACAGUUGCCUACACCUCAGCCAACUGCAGACUGCAAUCAAAUGUCUGGAGAAGAUGAAGUUGAGUUCUCAGAUAAAGAUGAACCUGAUGGGGAUGGAGAUGGUUCUAGUGACUGUCCCACUGUCAGAGCCCCAUUAACUUCACUCAAAAGCCAUCAAGGAGUGGUCAUAGCAGCCGACUGGCUUGUUGGGGGGAAGCAAGCUGUGACAGCAUCGUGGGAUAGGACAGCAAAUCUGUAUGAUGUAGAGACUUCCGAACUUGUCCAUUCCCUUACAGGGCAUGACCAAGAGCUAACACAUUGUUGUACACAUCCCACCCAACGUCUUGUGGUGACAUCAUCACGCGAUACAACCUUCCGUCUGUGGGAUUUCAGAGAUCCUUCUAUCCAUUCUGUGAAUGUCUUUCAGGGCCACACAGACACUGUGACAUCUGCAGUUUUCACUGUGGGAGACAAUGUGGUUUCUGGUAGUGAUGACCGUACUGUAAAAGUUUGGGAUUUGAAAAACAUGAGGUCUCCUAUUGCAACCAUCCGUACAGAUUCUGCAGUUAACAGGAUUAACGUGUGUGUUGGCCAAAGAAUCAUCGCCCUUCCGCAUGACAACCGACAGGUUAGGUUAUUUGACAUGUCAGGAGUGCGAUUGGCACGCCUCCCGCGCAGUAAUAGACAGGGCCACAGAAGGAUGGUUUGCUGCACAGCGUGGAGUGAGGACCAUCCCAUAUGUAACCUCUUCACAUGUGGAUUUGAUCGUCAGGCUAUCGGCUGGAACAUCAACAUCCCUGCUUUGUUACAAGAAAAAUGAAAUGCUGGAAGAAUUUUUGCGUUUUAUGUUGCCAUGGACUUCUACACUUUUGCAGACUUUUCUGAAUACUGGUCUGCUCUCGCUGUAAAAGCUCUUCCUUAAGUGGAGACUUUAGCAAAUGUUGUUCUUGUUACCACAUUGUGCACAGUUUGCAUGGAUUGUACAGAAAAUGUGAUUUUUUUAAAAUUAGUUUGUCUUGUGUAUGAACUUUUAUAUUUUGGCAUCCACUGGUCAAUAUGUUCACUGUUGCAUAGAGCACAUAAAUGUUCAUAAGUUAUUUAGCAUUUAAUAGAUACACAGUAGGGCAUUACAUUUGUGACAUAAAUGUGAAACUUACGUAAUUAAUGUAGAGAGUGUAUAGCAGUCUGUUACGUUUUUCCAUGACUCUACAUAUCUGCCUUGUGUUCAAAAGAAUCUGCAGGGCUAAAACUUUGAAGUGAAGUGUGAAUUUCACUAGCUGUAUGAUUGUAAACAUUUUCCUGUUUGCAUCUGAUUUGGAAUACUUUUUUUAGUGCUGCAGUAUAGUGCAACUUCAACUCCAUUUUUAUUCCGGUUACUGGAGGAAUAGUAGAUUUGAGAAGGAAAAUGCAAGCAAGUUGUAGUAAGUGUAGACUGUCAGGUUCAUUCGGAAUGCUUUUUGUACUUGUUGUUUUGAAAAAGAAAAAUAUUCAUUCUGCCCUUAUAUAAAGUAAUUCUAAAAUUUCAUGGCAUUUCAUACUAGCAAAAAUCCAGAAUAUUGUGAUUCUAAUCACUGAAAUCUAGUCAAGCAAAUUUUGAAGCACUUUAGUUUAUAGCUAUUGUUAUAAACCAUUUAUGAAAGUUUGACUUUACCAGUGAAUGUGAGCUGACCUUUGUAAGAAGGAUUGCUUCUUUUUGGUCAUCUGCCCAGAAAGGAAAUAGUGGUUUUGGGGGUGGUUGUUUUUGUCUUUUUUUUUUUUUUUUUAAUAUACCUACAGUGAGCAUACUUUUAAUUGUGUUCACUUCCCAUAUUUUUAUUUUGAGCCAGCAAUACAAAGUUAAAUGAGUACUACCUCAAAAAUGAAUGUUGGUCAAGAUGCAUUGAAUCUCUCUGUAGCCUAGAAAAAAGCACUUUUGGUCUCUGGCUGAAGUACUAUCUCUGACAUGAGAGGAAAGACAAUCAUACUAAAUGUGAUCCUUAAGAUAAUUAACACUUAAAGCUAAUGGAGCAAUACAAUAAGUAAACAUCAUCUGUCACCUUUCUCUUCUCAGCCAUGGCAAGGACUGCUGCAGUCUCUGUUUUGUUCCAGAAGCGGGUAAUUAACAUAGGUCUCCCUUCUUUCUCCCAAAUGAUCUUACUCUGGUUUUGCUCCUCACUGUGCUUAGCCUGUUGUGCACUGGCGGUGGGGUGUUACACCACAGCUGCUGAUGACAUAAAUGAAUGCAGGUGGCAGCUGACAUCUUUAAAAGAACGAAAAGGCUGCUUCAGACAGACACUUCUUUUUAGCUGAAGGGAGAUAACUGCCCCUAACUGUCUGACAUAUCACAGUAUCAGAUGAAGGGUGAGGGGAUGCCAAGGGUGCACUCCUACAACGGGAAUCGUGGAGUUUAUGGUGGGUUGGCAUAAGAUAAGUAUUACGAACUUUUAAUCUCAUUAUUGUGAUUUUGUGCAACUAUAGCUGUGCUCAUGUCCUGUACAGCAUUGUUCAUAAUGACAUCAAGGCAGAUGUGUUAACUGGUUCUCCUGUUAACUAACACAUAAACGCAUUGGAGUGCAAUGGGAUGGGAUGGUGAAUGCUUCAUUGAGUAAUUUAUAGGGAAACUGGGGUCCUAGAAAUGGGUUUGAAGUAUCACAUUGAGGAAGCUGAAGGUAUUUAAUGGAGAAUGUAUGUUAGUAUCUUUAUCGUACAGGUCAUCAUAGCAGAUUGAUACCUUGGGUUUUUUUCUGGUUGUCACUUUUUUCCUUUUUUUUUUUUUAAUAUAAGAAAUAUACAGAAUUGUACUGAAGUAACCUAAAAAUACCAAAACUAGUGAGGGUGGAGAAAGCAGCUGCAGAGUUUUAAGUCUUCUGGUAACAAGGGUUAAAGGAUGGUGUCAAAGUUUGUUUUAACUUUUCUUUUUGUCUGGGUUUUUAGCUCUUGGGUAAAGCCAUUUGUUGUUGGGUUGCAGGUUUUAUUCUUUAAGAAAAAAAGACUCAACGUUUUCUUUUAGUUGAUAGCAGGGAGGACUUUACCUAGGUUGAUGCUGUUUAAAAAAGAGAAAAAAUGUCUCCAGCCAGUAGAAGCUGUUUCUCCAGCAUGGCCUGCAUGUAGUACCUAGAGCAAUGAUUGUCCUUUUAUUACCUGAGGCGGGGGAGAGGGUCACUGGUUUUGGUCCUGCUAAACUAAAUUGUCUGUUUAAGCUUCUCUAACACAUAUGUAAUGCAGGACCACUAGACUCUAUGCAGUUUAAUCAUCAUUGCUGCAAACUUUUUAUAUCACCAGAGGGGACAAUCCUCUGGCACCAGGAACAGGAUGAUUACACACUUUAACUUUGGAAAAAAAAAAAAUCAACCAAACAAGGUGCUAGAACCACGUUCUUGUGAGCAGGCUAAUACUUAAUCAGCUAAACACUUAACUAUCACUUAUCUUAAUUUUCUAUACUGUACUGAAGGUUAAGCCGAGGCUGACGUUCCCCUUGAAGCAAAUCACACAAGAGCCGUGGUAGUGACUAAAUAUGUAGAAAACAUUUCAUGGCUUUGAAUGUUCUGAAGAGUGUUUUUUCAGCACUGAACAAUGUCCAGCAUUUCAUAAAAUGGAGGAAAGUUGCAGUUACAAUUUCAGUAUUGUGCAGAAUUUCACAGAAAACUCGUCACUGGGCAAAAUCAAGCUUUUAUGUCUUUCUCUCAUGCGAUGCACAUCAGUUUUCACAAAGUUUGUGUAUACUUUGCAAUCAGAAAGAUCUGUAAUGAAACAUCUUUGUUGCCUAAAUCUGUGAAAACCACUUUUUGGAAAAAAGAAUUUAUAAGUUAUGUGGAACCACUUUUUAUUAUUCUGCUAAUUUGUUUCUAGAUGUAAAAUGUUUUUCUUCAUUACAAUUCAAAAUGCAUUAAAACAUUCAACAAUU